AACAUGAUCUACGCCGUUUGUUGUACGGUUCGUCCAAUCACAGCUCGUCGUCUCAGAAUCACUGAGCUCGGUACAGACAGAGCGUUCCGUCAGUAUCGGCUGUGUUGGCUUACCUGUACAUGUGGAGAAGGGUUUGUUGUUGUAUUUAUACGUAUCCAACUGUGCCUACCGACUCGAUAUGGCUGUACUGAAGGUUCUCUACGAGGCGUUCCUGGGUCUGGUGAUCGGCGGGAGCGUGCUGCUGGUCAUCCUGCUGAUCUGCUGCUGUGUGUGCUGCUGUCGCGGCUGCUGUUCCUCCCGUCAGCCCGCCGUUACUGUCGUGCAGGGAUGACUGACUUUGCCCUUCACUAGUCCUCCGAUGGCGAUGCCACAUGUCGGAGCAGCUGGAGGAAACCCGCCCUACUCCCAGUUCAAGUAGCGGCAAACAGCGCCACCUACCUGCACUUCAGCAGACGUGUACACCUGUGCCUGUGGCGCUUCUUUUAGUUGUUGACAGUUUCAGUUUUACCGAUAUUAUGGUAUAGAUUUCGCUAUCUUAUAUCAGUUCACAGCAUCGCUUCCCUCUAGUAUAGAAUUGGAACAGAUCAGCUGCUGUUAAAAGUACCUAAAAGCCCAGAAACGUAUUUUGAUAGAUCAUGAAAGAAUAUCAUAAAUGUCUGCCAUAUUAUGACAUAUUGAUACGAUUGAUGUAUAUUUUCGUAUUAUUUGUGACAGAGUAAAUUUCGAAGUCAGCACGAAUUGCUUUUGUCCCUUAUAAUCGCUCAGCUAGCCGUGCUUGACCGUACGUAUCAUAUCUUACAGCUUAACAUGAAUAAGCAUUGUCAAGUGUGUGCAAAAAAACUCCUUUCGCAACUUAUCUGUAGGCUGAUAUAUUUUGUGUGAGAGCCUGUUCACAGUGUUGGCUAAAGCUUGUAAUAAAGACGUGGUUAUGGCAAUGCAGCUGAUAACGCACGUUGUCUGGUGAUGGAGAUCAUGGACUUUUUGUGUGACCAAGGUUAUAGGCAGAUGGCCUCCUUGUUUGUACAAUGACUUUUUGUUGAUUAAAAACCGCGAUGCUUUGUAAACAAACA